UCCAACUCGUGUUGAGCAUUUACGUAAAGUUUUCUGGCACUUCAGUUGGGCUAUCGUUUAUAAGCCAAAUAGUAGGAAUUCCCCUCUGCAAACAGUCGCAUCUUAUAACGGUGUGUUUUGAAUAGGCAGCAUACAGUAUUGGUGGUGUAUAUCUGUUGGUAAUAAGGUUCCAAUCGUGUGUGUAAAUUUCUAUUAUUAUUGUUAACCUAAGCCAACACUACGAGAUUAUUAAUCGCGUAAAUAUAGUGUUUAUUGAGCGACGGUUCGCGACGGUUAGUUCUUUUUACCUUAUUAUUUUCACUCUUCGGUUCUCAUUAACCAAUCGCCCAACCGAACGUGGGGCUUUGACUAAAACAAAAUUAAAAAAAGAAAAACAGCAAAAGGAACAAAUAGUGAGAGCUAAAAAGGAAAAGUGUUAAAAUCAAACUUAUUCCAGUGACUCAGAUCCCAAUAGGAUCCAAUCAGGAUCGGUGUUCUAAGUGUACGAUCUAAGUGUAGGGAUCAAGCCCUACUAGAACUAGAACAAGUGUUAAAAAGUGAAUUUCGGAAAUGAUUAAAGCACAAUACAGCAAGGAUUUUGAAAGUGUUUGAUGGUGUCCUAGGGCCGCACCUACAUACACCCCCGGUACCGGAUAAAGGAGGUGGUAACGCAGACCUGUUGCCCCCAAAUAACCCAUUCACACUAAAAACAUCCCUUGGAUACCAUCCCCAACAUCAAACCAGUAUCUCCGGAUUCCGGGUGAAUUAAUUCAGCCUGAGAUACUGUGCAGCGCAACAAGAACAAAUAGUCCAAACGGAGGGUAGGUGGAAAGCCCCUAAGUCAACGUAGACGAACAUCACUUCAUCGGAUGUUAUGUUUGUGUUCUGAUAAUUAAAUGAGUUGUGCAUAUAAAAUUGUGUCUCGUCAUACACGAGGAUUAACCCAAAUACUGAGCUAGCUUAAAUCAUUUAUUUGGUGAACAUCACUGACCAAUUGAGUUUUUCUUUUCAUCCUUAAAAAUAAAGUGCACAAGAGCCCCAAAGGCUGCAAUAAUCUAAAAAAAAUGUGGAUUCAAGUGAACUAGUUUGGGGGGAUACGAGUUACCAAAAAAAUCGUAUUGAUUUGAUGUUCUGUGUGAACAGCUCCAAGACUGUGUAAAUAAGAGAGUUUUGUGUGGCCCUGCGGGAAAAUAUGCAAAAGCUCUAUCCAGAAACGACCAAUUCAUCGAGUAUGGCAGGCGGCAAUAUGAGUCCCAUGGGAGCACCGACAUAUUCCAUGAAUACGAUGGGUAUGACAGUGGGUGGAAUGACGUCGGUAUCACCGCAGAGCGGUAGCUUCGGAUCGAAUGUUCUAGGUUCGUCAGGUAUGACGAGUAUGGGAGCCGCUAUGAGUACAAUGGGUGGCAAUUGCAUGACACCCUCAGCCAUGGGGUAUGGUUCGAUGGGAUCCCCAUUGAGCAAUAUGGGAUCAUGCAUGAGCUCGGGUAUGGGUACAAUGGCUGCCAGUAUGGGGGGCUAUACAUCCGUCGGCACGAUGGGUGCCAGUCGGGAAUUGGGUGAUGCAGCAUCCCCCAAUUCAGCUGUUCUCCAGCGAUCGAGGGUGGAGAAGCCAAGUUCCUACCGUAGAAGCUAUACACAUGCCAAGCCACCCUACAGCUACAUCAGCCUUAUCACCAUGGCGAUCCAAAAUAAUCCCCACAAGAUGCUGACCCUGUCGGAAAUCUAUCAAUUCAUCAUGGAUCUCUUUCCAUUCUACCGGCAGAAUCAGCAACGUUGGCAGAAUUCCAUUAGACAUUCCCUCAGUUUCAAUGACUGUUUCGUGAAGGUACCCCGAACCCCAGACAAACCCGGCAAGGGCUCCUUCUGGACCCUCCAUCCGGACUCGGGGAAUAUGUUCGAGAAUGGGUGCUACCUCAGGCGACAGAAACGGUUCAAGGAUGAGAAGAAGGAGCAACUGAGGCAGAUACACAAGAGCCCGUCGCAGAGCAUAGAAGCCACCAGUCCGGGCAAGAAGGAGGUCAUUCAGCAUGAUGAUCACCAUCGUGACCACAAGGCUGACCCCCAUAUGACAGCUAUGCUGACAUCAGCCCAUGGCAAAGACGCCGAAACCCUAGCUCUACUGCAUGCGGGUGCCGAAUUGGGACUCGGUCAGCAUCCCCAUGCUCAACAUCCAGUACCGCAGCAUCAGCUACAGCAGGAAGAACUGUCCGCCAUGGUGAACCGAUGCCAUCCCUCCCUACUCAGCGACUACCACUCAAUGCACCAUCUAAAGCAGGAACCUACGGGGUAUACACCAUCGAGUCAUCCAUUCUCAAUAACCCGACUCCUGCCCACCGAAUCAAAGGCCGACAUCAAGAUGUACGACAUGAGUCAGUACACGGGCUACAAUGCCCUCAGUCCACUUCCGAACUCACAUGCUGCCUUGGGACAGGAAUCCUACUACCAGAGCCUAGGAUACCACGCACCAGCGGGUACGACGAGCUUGUGACAUCAGUACCCGCUGGCCUAAGCUGUGAUCAUAGAACCAACUACUACAAUUUUAUCGAAUAGCCUGCAAAUGCAGGGAGAGCUAGCUGGAGUUGAAUGCUAGAAUACAUCUUGGAUUUGUACAUAAUUUGGAUAGUAGUGCUCACUGUGGAGGCUCUUUUCAUGGGACAACGUCCACUACAGUGACCGUGAAUGCCAGAAUUGAAGAGUGUCACCAGUGCUGAGAUAAACAAUAAACUCCCACUCGCAUUUUUUUUUCUUGGUACCAUCUUCACGAACCAACAAUACUUUGUACAGACAAUUAGGCGUAAGACAAGGUAACUUUCAAAAUAAGCUACUCUCAUUGAUGACUUCCAAGGGAGUCUUUCUCUUUUUUUUUAUUGUCCGUCGACCAAUAUAAGCCGGCAAAGUCCUAAUGAAAGAAACCUCUGACCAAAGGGUUGAUUCACAACCGACGCUUCUUUUUUUGUUACACUAUUAUCGUGUUUAUGGCUGUUUACUAACCGUUUUCUUUUGAAUCAUACCUACAGAUUCGUUUUUUACUUACUAUCUUGAUAUAUUUAUUGUGUUCAAAAGUUUUGUACAAGCAAGAUAAAAAAGAAACACCCUCAAAACACGACUUUAAUGAGAUAUUUUAUAAACCUUAUGGUUUUUAAAGUUAAAAAAUUCGAAGAUAAUAUCCAUUGCAAUGCAGGAAGCGCUCAUUGUGAAUCAUCCCAAUACUUUUUUGAUAAUCUUCAUCUUAUCACUUUGCAAAAAUAGAAUCUAUUUAAAACACCAUUCAUUUACAACCAUCAAGUCAAUAUAUUGCCAAUGGACUUCUUACAAACCAAUUUGCAUCUCUGACAUCAGAGAUCACGUCUCCCCAGGAAUAAAUUGAAAACAAAUAGGGAAUUGCAGUGCGAUUCAGAGAGGUUUUUACGGCUGUAAUUGAGGAGGUUUUUGUACUGAACAUUGGGUUAUUUUUUGGUCACUUAAUUUCUCUCAUUGCAAAGAAAGAAAAGAACAACACAAUAUAUGUAAAAAAUUUAGCAGAACAUCGUGAAUAUUUAAUUAGUGAGAUACAAAAUGUGUUUACACGUGAAGAAUGCGACACAUUGAGUAUAGUGCUAUUAAAAUACGCGCCUUGUGAUGCUAAGAGACCGCAUCAUUCGUUCAUGCUUCUUCUCAAACCAUGGAAUUUACUAUACUUGACAAAAAUCACCUUUUCGGAGUGAUACAAAAAUAAUUUUAAAUAUUCUAAAUUUAUUGGUAGAAUUUUAAUGAUAGAGUUGCAAUUGGACGAUGAAGAAAUAUUAGGUAGGAUUCCUUUUUUUGGGUGUUUUGAAUGCAUACCAUUUAAUACUGUUCAACUUUGCUUUUUAAACAAAUUAAUCAACUUCAAUAAUGGUUCUUUGAACAAUUAAUUAUAGCUUUUUACUGAAAAGUAGUCAAGAGAUAUGAUAUUUCCCUGACCUAACAACUCAAUGACCGUUGCGAAAAACACACUUCGAAUUUUAAAUUAAAGCAAUAAAGGUUAUGUGCUCCCGUGAAAGCUUUUCUUCAAGUACCGUAAGGACAAGUGACUUUGAGACUCUUGUGUUCGUAAGGAUUUCUUUAAUUUUAAUGUUUAAGAACGGUUAUCACCGAUCAGACAUGGUAGAUUCGAUCGGUAAAGACCAUCCAUAAGUUCUAGGAGUGAAGAAAAGUUUACGAACUCAUGAAGUUACCCGCACUUACCUUAAACACAAAAAUAGAGUGGCUCUAUUCCAAAAAUACAGGAUAGGGACUUAUAUUCAUGGUUAGCCAUUAUAAAAUUUAAAAAAAAUUAAAGCUUCAUUUUAUUCAGAUAUAAAGCGCUGUAAGGAGAGGUGAGGCUACUUUGAGCUGUGGGGCUAGAUUGUUAUAUGACUUUUUCGGCUAUUUCUAAAUGAAGUUGGUCCUUCACUGAGAAAAAAAAAGAAAGUGCGAUUAACAUUUUUUCCUUAGAACUUUAACACUUUUUACGUGUAAAAAUAUAUCAUUUUUUUCUUCUGCUUUCAAGAGCACUAUAUCUCAAAAGCAUGGUUAUUAAAUAAAUAAAUAAAAAUAAAAAAAUAUAUUUUUUUUAUUUUAAUUUUACGCCUUUUUAAGGGUAAAAUUAACAUUUCCGGAAAGUUAGUUAAACUUUUUCGGAUUUCUCUCAGUGUUAUAAUUAUUUUAUUUAGAUCCACAAUAAUUUCGUCUAUCCAAAUUAUAUAAUUUUAGAACCCAGUUUCAAUUAGAAAUAUGAGAAAAAUCGUAUUACAAUAUAGUCCCACAGUUCAAAGGAGCCCCACCUGUCCCUUUACAGAUUUGUACAUUUUAGAGAUGCUUUCAAAAUUUUACAAAGACUAUUUACAACAUUGUUAUUUUCUACUGAAAUAAUUCGUUAUACGAAAAUUAAUACAGAAGACAAUUUUAGUGAAAGAAGGGCUCGAAUUAUUUGAUUAUUUAUAUUUAUUGAUUAUUUUAGUUCGAAAUUCGAAAACCCAUUAUAAGUUUUUCUUUUACAAAAUUUCAAUGAGUUUGUAUUAUGGAAAAGAUUAUUGAGUUUUCAAUUAAAAGCUAUUUUAUUAUCAAGAACUAAAGAAACUAUUGCCUCAACUAUUUACUUAAACAAAUAAACAGAGAAUUUUUAUUAACAAAAAUAAAUAACUUUACUUAUGCUGUAGUAGGGUAAAGUGAUACAAGGCGGACAUAGUGUUACAAGUUGGACAUGGCUUUUUUCUUGAUAAAUACAGUACAAAAUUUGUUUUUAAGCACAAGGAACCAAAUUAUAAAACUGAAACAUUAAAAAUAUACAAAUAAAAAUGAAGUACUUAUUUAUCAAGAAAAAGAGCCCUGUCCAACUUGUACCACUUUACCCUAAUCAAUUGGCAUUAUACAAAACCUACAAAACAGAUUGAACAUUACAAUUCAAUCGGGAGUACAUAAUGUUUAAUAUCACUUUAUAAUGAUAUAAAAACCACAUAAAGAAUCAAUCAUUUCCGUUACAAGUUUUAUUUGAAUGAGAAAAGAAAUUUAUUCAAAAAAAGAAUAACAUGAAGUCAUCAAAGCUUUUUUUAUAAAGUGUAUCAUUAAAAGGAAAGAUUACAACGAUAAUCAUUGGUUAGCUUUUUUUCCUCAAUUGUUGUUGCAAAGUUACAUAAAUAUGUACUUCAGCAAAACGUGUAAUAAAAAUUUUAUGUAACGGUAAACUGUGUAAUCAAAUGGCAUAAUUAUCAACUUUAUUACACACUUUUGUACAUUUUGUUACACUUUUCUUUUUCGUAAAAUCGAAUUGAUUUUACGCAAAAUAUGCAGUAAUUACACAAAACAGUUUUUGUGCAACGAUACAUAAAAAACACAUAGGGGAGACUGGGGCAAAAUUAGUCACGCAUGGUAUUAGAUAUUGGGAUAAUAUAGUUUACCUUACAAGUGAGGAAACCAAAAAUUUAUCGCCGUAAACACUUCCCUUCCUUAGACUCUUUAAAAUAUUUAUAAACCUCAUACUAACAUUUUUGUGAAUUAUAUGUAAUGAAAAAUAUCAUUUGCCCCAGUCUCCCCUAUUGAUGUAAAUUUGCAACGAAAAUUAUGGUAAAAAAAAGCAGCCAAUACAUUUAUUUAAAUAUUUGCAUAUAAUUGAUUUUAUUUUGUAAACAAAUUCAAUUUUUUACGCUCGACAGUGCUAAUAACUUAUACUGAAUGAUUUCUAUUUUGUUUAGCAUUUUCGAGAUUUAGUAUAAAUAAUACAAUAAAACUCUAUUGUGUUAUAUGUAGCGCACAAUAAAUUUUGUUUUGUAAAGCCUAUGUUAAAAAUAUCCGUGAGAGUGAGCGAGAUGAAUGUAUGUUAAUUCAUUUCACUUAUUCACACCAUAAAGUAAAACACGUAUUUAAAAUUAUUUUUGUUUGUAAAUAUGCUUUUAAAAUUUCCUAUGAGAGAGAGCGAGAUGACUAGAUCUACGUUUCAUUUACUCUAAGUCAGAAACAUACUUACAAAACCAAGGUGAUUGUGCGUUGGUCAUUACUUAUUACACAUAUCCCACAAUAACAGUUGUUUUGCAAAAAUGUUUUGGAUAUUUCAAUAAUAGAAAUAGAGAAUGAAUUCUAGAUCUAGUCAUCUAGGUAUCUAGUAUCUAGGUAUCUAGUCAUCUAGGUAAUUUGGAAAAUAUAUUUAUAAACAAAAUUUAUUGUACGCCGGACAUUAUGCCAAACAUACAGUUACUUUUGUUUUGAAAAUAUGUCUUCAAAACUCCCUCUGUGAGUGAGCGAGAACACUACAUCAAGAUUUUGUUCACUCUUAUUGAAAUGCCAAGAACACAAAAACCAUUGUGCGUUGCGCUUUGUUUUGUCAACAUAUUUUUGACAUUUCAGCGAAUAUUGAACUUUCUACUCAUCCUGAUCAUUAACGUGUACGAAUUAGAAAAUACGUUUACAAAAGAAGAGUUAUUCUUUAUUGCUCCUAACUGUGCAAACCUUCAUUUAUCAUGGUCAAUAAACACUUAUUUUUAUUUGGUAAAUGUAUUUUGAAAAUAACACUUCUCGUUAAUAUACAAAAUGAGCAACAUCAUGAGUAAUACAGAAUAACCUUUACUUUAUAAGCAUUAUUUCGAUUCCACUCUUUAUAAUAAAUUAGACAACCAUUUCAAUAUUUAAUUAACUCUCGCUGAAAUGUCAAACAUUUGUUUACAAAAUAAGAUCGGAUGUAUUUUAUGCAUUAUAGCAUUCGCACAAUGACUUAUUGCUUUUAAUUAGUAAACAUGUUUUCGAAACUGCCUAUGAGAGAGAGCGAGAUGACUAGAUCUGUAUUUCCAUAGGUCACAGUGAAAUGUCAAAAAACUGCCAACGUUAUAUCAAAACGUAUGUUUAAAAAUCACCAAAAGGUGAUUAAAAAUUAAUUUUUUGAUUGUAAAAUUUCCUAUCAGAGAGAGCAAGGUAACUUUUGUUUAGUAAACAUGUUUUUGACUUUUCAAUGAGAACGAGUGAGAUCUAGAUCUAGUCAUCUCACUCAUUCUCAUGGGAAAUUUUGAAAACAUAUUUACAAACAAAAGUUAUUGUGCGUUGGGCAUUAUUCUUUAAAGAAUAGUUUUUGUUUCGUAAACAAAUAUUUAACAUUUCUGCAGAAGAAAUCAAACCAUAGUCAUCUCUCUCAGUCUUAUGCCCUAGACAUACUUACGACUUAAACCAAGAGACUUAGUGGAAAACGUUGGAAUGUUUUUAAAACACAAUUUUUACACAAUUUUUAAAUGUUUUUAAAACACAAGUUAUUCUGAGUUAACCAUUACAGGUCCUACUCCUUCGUUAAUUAUUCUAACAAAUGUUUACAAGACAAAAUCACAAUUGUGCGGAACUUAUAACAAACCUUGAGCAUUUCCGUAUUUGCAACAAAUUAAUAUAAAGUCAUUAGAGAGAAUUAAGCCCUCUUGGCCAUGUAAGCAUUUUUGGCCAUCUAAAAUAAAAUAAUUGAUUCAAGACAAUUAUGAGUAAAUGUACAUUCAACACAAUAUACCAUAUUCUAAUAAUUCAAUAUCGUAUUUAUAAAAUUCAUUUUAAAACAUGUAACUAAAAUUAUUAAAACACGAAUAAUCGAGGAAAAUGUAUAUUUUUCAAUGAGAUUUACAAAAAUUCUCAAGAAAUCUUCUGGAUAAGCAGAUAGGUAUUGCUCGAAAGUGUCUCUACGUAACAAUUCAUUUUAAUCUGACUAGAAUUUCAAAAUUUACGGACCAAUUAGGGGGAGGGGGGCACAUUUUAAUUGUGGCACAUAUGAAAUUGGGCUUUAUUCUUCUAUUUUUAAAUUGAACUGGGGUUUAUUAUGAUAUAAUUUAGAUCCACAAACCAAUUGUGAAUCUAAAUUGCAUUUUGAUGAGGUUCAGUUCCAUUUAAAAAUGCGAGAAUAAAGUCUAUUACUAAAAGUAUCCCAAUCCAAGGGUUUCUCACUUCCUUCUAAAGCUUGUAAAAAGGCCACCUUCUAAAAGUGGCCAAAAGAACUCACUUCUACCCUAUGUUUCACCCUUUAAUAACGAUUUGGUCACCGGUGAUACAGAAAUAAAUUUUUUCGAUUAUCUAAAGUUAUGUUUUGCUCCUAAGCGUCAGAAAAAAAUUUUCCUGACCCCAAUUUUUGACUCUCUUGUCCUUAAAGGGUUAACAUAAGAACUUAUUGUGCGUUCUCCAUUAUUCAGGACUGUAAAGUCGCAUAACGUUUUUCAAUUGAUAGAACAAGACCUCUUAAGUUCCUUUCUCAAGUAUUUAAUGAUUUUAUUUUCCAAUUGCAAAUUUUUAUAUUUGAGGUAAACUUUAUAGCCAGGGAGGAUGAUUUGGCCAUAAUUUGUGUACAUAUCGUCAUUUGUAUCAGCAAAUAUUUCGUGUUUCUUUUAUUUUACUUUAACCUUUUUUAGUGAUAAAAAAAUACACUGUGUAGUUAGCACAGCUGCUGAAACAAGCGACGAACGAUGUAAUAUUUAGAAGAAGAGGAUAUUUUAGACAAGAAUUUAAUAAAUACUGUAGGGAAAAGCACUCUACCUUCGGAUGACUCAAGGUUCGGACAAUUCAUUUUUGUAUGUUCUUUAUGGAUUUGAUUUAUAGCCCUUUCAGAAAAUUUAAGGCAUGGGAUUAGCUAUUUUAUAAUGGGUCAAAUUCAUUAAAAGGAAUUGCAAAAAAUGAGUUGUUAGAAGCAAGUUUUGUCCGAGACUGCCGAGCUUUCCUCUAUACAUCAUUUUCCAUAAUAUCUUCCCCUUACUUUAUGGUUUUUGUACAUCAUUUUAUUCACUCAAAAACAGUAAACAAUGGUAUGCAUUCAAAACAUCUUGAUUUCUUCAGAUAAAAUGAUAAUUUUUACCCAGAAUAAAAAUUGUGAUUUAUGUAAAAAGAAAGAUAAAACAGAAAAUUUCGGCAUAAAAAUCUCAUUUUAUUGAUUUUAUUUUAGGCGAAUAAAGUGUAGUCAUAAAAUUUUCUAUAUUUUUCUAUGCGAUUUUCACGAUUUAUGGGAAAAUUGAGCAGUAAAACAGAGACAAUUUUACGUCUUGUUAUCAUUAUCAAUAAGUCAAGUAUUUUAGUCAUAUCUUUAAUUGCAAUCUAAACAAAAGGGUAUAUAAGUUCUUUAAUUCCUAGCAUAAUAUGGGUCACUACUGAGUGUCUGUAUAUUUGAUUUUUUUUAUUUCACAGCAACGUACUGAAGAAUCUUUUUUUAUUGAUCCAUUUUCCUUCAUUUAUUUCUUAUUUUUGCAAAAUUGAAGAAAUAAUUUAUCAGACUAGCUGUUAGUGCAAUAAAUGUUCCAGAAAAUGACGCAUGAGAGAAUAUUAUGAAGAUUCUUACCAAGGAGAAAAGUCUCGAAUGACCUUCUUUUGCGUUGAAAGUCACACUGUGGGCAGAGAAGUAGUUAUUAUUAAAAAAAAUUUAAGGUUUUCGAAGACGAAAAAAGUGCAUUUAACCUGAAGAAACUGAAUGAAAUGUAAGAAAAAUUUCAUAUUUGAGUGAAGAAAUUCCACUGAAAAAAAUACUAAAUAUAUAUAUUUUAAUUUAAGAUAAAGAAUGACAGACGACAUUGUGUGAGAAAAUACUGUACAUUUUAAUUAACUAAGAAUGAUAGUGAGACGAAGUAAUAAAGCAUUAUUGAUAUAACAAAUAAAAAUCGUGAGAUGGAAAUGAUUUGAAGGAAAGUGAGAAUAUAGGUAUAGACUGUAAUUAGUAUCUAAAAUAGUGCAUAAAAGAGAGGAAAGAAGUGAAAGAAAAAGAGUAUAAAAAAUUACAUUCAAAUAUUACCUAAUUAAACUAUGGAUAAAACAAAGAAAAAUGGAACACCUACCAGUGUAAGAAAAUAAUGUAAAGAAUCACAUUUCAGAUGAUAAAAAAAUGAUGAAAAGAAUAAUAAUGUAAUAAUGUAAAAAUAUGAAAAAAUAUAUCUAUAAAUAGAUAUUAGAUAUUAUAAAUUAAAUUGCAGAGGAGAAGAAUAAAACAAAUUAUUCCCAUUGAUUUCAUGAUGAUACAAAAAAAAAGAAAAUGGAAUGAAAAGAAAAUAUUAAAUUAGAUAUUAAUACUGUUUUGUCACGAAUAAUCUGAAAAAGUAAUAAAAAUUUAAAUGUUC